CAAUCUUCUUCUUCUACUCCUAGUCAAACGCCUCCUAAUAAUAAUCAAAACCCUCCAUCCGAAGAUCCGGAAAACUCAGCAGAAAAAAUUAAGGAGGAAUUAAAAAACCAUUUAAAAACAGAAAACUAUCUGGAUUUGCCAGAUUGUGCGUGUAGUGACGACAGACUUGUUAUUCUCUUGCGUAAGGAAGGCAAACCUGUUAGUAAGAAAGAAUUUUCCCUUGUGGGAAUGAGCGAAAAAGUUAAGCAAGAAAUUGAAAAAUUAUCCGAACAAUUUCCUUUUCGAGCAGAAGAGUUAAUAAACAAAGAUAUUGCAAAGUUAGACCAAAAUCCCAACCUACUUUAUGAUGGAAGAGUAACCAGCGGACGUCCUGGAAACCCGGAACAGAAAUAUUGA